CUGAAUCCACUCAUUUGUUCCAACGGGGCUUUGAUUGUUAUCGACAGACCGAAAGAUGCGCAUCGUCAUACCGUACAGUCCUGACAUCUAGUCUCGUACAUAAUCCGACUUGUAUUGAAGGAAAUGCAGGAGACAAACCAGCAGCUCAGACGCCAGUAGCGGACACACAGCGCGUGUGAAAAACAGACAACCGACACACAGACAACCGACACACAGCUGAUCUGCGGCGCGACGACAGCCAGCGUGACUCUUCCCCUGCCACCACUUCACACCUCAUCACGAUGCCUUUUCGCCAAUGCACCGUGGAGAUUAAAAACGACUCUGGCCGCUACACUCUGGCCAACCCAAGGCUGUUCAUUGAGAGAGGCUGCUGUGAGGUCCCUCUGACACCACUGGUGGGUCCCUCCUCCACUGGCAACGCAAUGUUCAACAAGACCACCGGCUGUGCAACUGGAGCCGUUGGCGUCUUCACGUAUAACCUUUUCAAUGCCGAUCUGAACGACUACAGCCACUUCAUGGCUGUCAUGUACUCUGUGCCCUAUGACCGGAACAUCUACUCCACCUGGUUUGCUGUGGGCAUCUUUGAAAGAGAAAUUCACUGCGACUACUAUCUGUAUGAUAUGAUGUAUAAUAGAGUUGAACACAACUUUGUAAGAGCAAAAGCUGACGGCUCUGGCAUUUCUUAUGAGCAUGAUAGGGCUAUUGUCAGUGCCUCCAUGUCUAACUCAUGUCAAGCAGUCUUGAGGGUGGACAUCAGUGAUACUGGCAAAUACUGAGUUAAUAAAAGUUCCAACUGUUAUAAUGUAAACUAUACUGUAAACCGACAGUGAGUUUAAUAAAAUAUUCCAAGAACCUCAA